GUGUCCUACGUAGGAAAGAUGGCGGCGGUGCAGGUCGCUGGCUGUCUACCCGGCAGGCCGCCGCCGGAUCCGCCGCCUGAGCAGAAUAAUGGGUUCCGCCGCUUGUCCGCCAGGCUCUGCGCCCUGCGCCCGGAUGGCAGCAGCUCCGCCCGCACCGAGAUCCACCUGCUCUUCGACCAGCUCAUCUCCGAGAACUACAGCGAGGGCGGCGGCGUGGCCCCGGAGGAUGUCAGCACUCUUCUUGUCCAUGCUUGCCGACUGGUGCCUCUUAAUCAGAAUCAUCUUGUCAGCAAAGUGUCUCAGCUUAUCCACCAUUUACUCAACAGAUUGCAGGUGAUUGUUGAUGAACAAAACCUGGAUUUUCUGUUGGCAUAUACUAUUUCCGCUAUUCAGCGGUGCAGUUCUUGGACACACAUGGAAAUUCUUCAAGCCCUUGCAGCUCUGGUUUAUGGCAAUGGCUCAAAAUGUCAAAAGUACCUCCCAGACUUGCUAGGCAAGAGUGGACUCUUGAUGAAGUUGAGUGACUUGGCUCAGUCUGACCCUGAAGUUAGGAGAGCUGCAAUACAUUGUAUGGCAAACCUGUGUCUCAGUGUGCCAGGUCAGCCGUACUUGGAGGAGCCCUACCAAAAUAUCUGCUUCCAAGCUUUCUUGACCAUGUUACAGUCUCCAAAAUCAUCUGAUAUGGAUGAUAUCACAUUCUGUAUGUUGUUACAAAAUGCAUUAAAAGGUAUACAGUCUCUUCUAAAUGGUGGGAAGAUGAAACUGACACAGACUGAUGAACUUGGAGCUCUUCUAGCUGUGCUGAAGAAAUCCAUGUUUCAUGGACUCCCUGGACUGAACUUAGAGAUGCCUAUGGUGUUAUACCCCACUCCACUUCCUCAGUAUGAUGGGCGACCACCCAUCCAACCACAGCCAUCAGAAUCCAGUGCUUCUCGGCCAACUGUGAAUAAAAAGAAAAAAUCAAAAGUAAAAUCAAAGAAAACCCAGCAAGGGGAGGAGGAUGAGGAGGAAUCCAGUGGUGAAAGAGAAGUAGCCCUGGCCCCUGGCUUGGGCAGAGUGCAGCUCCAGGAAGGGACCGCUCACCGUUCCUCCUCCCCGGGUGUCCGGAGUUUGCCAGCAGAUGGAAGUGGAGCUGCAGGAAAAGACCGCAUCUCCUCAGCCUUCAGUUCUUCGGGUUGGAAGAGGGUCAGCAGUAGUGAGUCAGACUAUUCUGAUGCUGAAGGAGGCAUGCAGAGUAAAAUGAGGUCUUACCAAGCCAAAGUUCGCCAAGGAGCAUUAGCUUGUUUUCUUUCUACUAUAAAAUCAAUAGAAAAAAAAGUUCUUUAUGGCUACUGGUCAGCUUUUGUUCCUGAUACCCCUGAGCUUGGAAGCCCACAGUCUGUGUCCUUGAUGACUCUUACAUUAAAAGAUCCUUCUCCAAAGACACGUGCCUGUGCUCUGCAAGUUUUAUCUGCCAUCUUGGAAGGUUCAAAGCAGUUUCUGUCUGUUGCUGAAGACACCAGUGACCACAGAAGGGCCUUUACUCCCUUCUCUGUAAUGAUCGCUUCCAGCAUUAGGGAGUUGCACAGAUGCCUUUUGUUAGCUUUGGUGGCCGAGUCAUCCUCACAGACCCUUACUCAGAUAAUAAAGUGCCUUGCAAAUUUAGUAUCAAAUUCGCCUUAUAACCGACUGAAACUCAGCCUGCUUACCAAAGUCUGGAACCAGAUAAAGCCUUUUAUCUGCCACAAAGAUGUUAAUGUUCGAGUGUCAAGUCUCACUCUCUUGGGAGCCAUAGUGUCCACUCACGCACCUUUACCUGAAGUCCAGCUACUUUUACAGCAGCCCUGUUCUUCUGGACUCAGCAAUAGCAAUUCAGCGACUCCUCACCUCAGCCCUGCUGAUUGGUGGAAGAAAGCCCCCUCAGGACUCUUUCUGGAAGAAACACCAGUUAGCUCCCCAAAGGGGUCUUCAGAGCCCUGCUGGCUCAUUCGGCUUUGCAUUUCCACUGUCGUGCUGCCCAGGGAGGAUUCCUGUUCAGGUAGCGAUGCUGGCUCUGCAGCAGGCAGCACCUAUGAACCAUCCCCCAUGCGACUGGAGGCCUUACAGGUGUUGGCUCAUCUGGCACGGGGCUACUUUUCCAUGGCUCAGGUGUACUUGAUGGAGCUUGGAGACUUGAUUUGCAAGUGCAUGGGGGAAGCAGAUCCAUCCAUUCAGCUUCAUGGAGCAAAGCUUCUGGAAGAACUGGGUACAGGCUUAAUACAACAGUACAAAUCAGAUUCUACCAUAGCACCUGAUCAGCGAGUGCCAGUCACCUUGGUGGUGGCUUUCUGGACUCUGAUGCUGAAUGGCCCUUUACCCAGAGCCCUGCAGAAUUCAGAGCACCCGUCUCUGCAGGCCAGCGCCUGUGAUGCCCUGUCUUCCAUCUUGCCAGAAGCCUUCAGCAAUCUCCCGAAUGACAGGCAGAUCCUGUGCAUCACCAUGCUGCUUGGGCUGAAUGACAGCAAGAAUCGUUUAGUGAAAGCUUCGACCUCCAGGGCUCUUGGAGUCUAUGUGCUUUUCCCCUGUCUCAGACAGGAUGUCAUAUUUGUUGCAGACACAGCAAAUGCAAUAUUGAUGUCACUUCAAGACAAGUCUCUGAAUGUCCGGGCCAAAGCAGCCUGGUCCCUGGGCAACCUGACAGAUACUCUGAUUGUCAACAUGGAAACACCAGACCCAAGUUUCCAGGAAGAGUUCUCUGGUCUCCUGCUCUUAAAGAUGUUGCAGGCAGCUAUAGAGGCAUCCAAGGAUAAAGACAAGGUAAAAAGCAAUGCAGUCCGGGCCCUUGGAAAUUUGCUUCAUUUUCUGCAACCUUCUCAUAUAGAAAAACCCAGAUUUGCUAAAAUCAUUGAGGAGUCCAUCCAGGCCCUCAUUUCUACUGUUCUAAUCGAGGCUGCCAUGAAAGUCCGAUGGAAUGCUUGUUAUGCAAUGGGGAAUGUGUUUAAAAAUCCUGCUCUCCCAUUAGGAACAGCCCCAUGGACCUCCCAGGCCUACAAUGCUCUGACGUCAGUUGUGACAUCAUGCAAGAACUUUAAAGUGCGCAUCAGAUCUGCCACUGCCCUUGCCGUCCCGGGCAAGAGAGAGCACUAUGGGUCUGUUGGCCAGUACGCUCAGAUCUGGAAUGCAUUGGUCACUGCCUUACAAAAGAGUGAAGACACUACAGACUUUUUGGAAUUCAAGUACUGUACCAGCCUGAGGACCCAGAUCUGCCAGGCACUGAUUCAUCUUUUGUGCUUGGCUAGCACCUCAGAUCUGCCCUGCAUCAAAGAAACUCUUGACCAGAAUGGGGACAUGGUGCAGUCCUAUAUCCUACAAUUUUUAAAAUCAGGAGUAGAGAGAGACAAUGCUGGAGCACCCCGUAGCCCACAGGAAAGAGACCAGAUGGUCAAAACGGCCCUGGAGCACAUAAGCAGUGUCCAGACACUGGCUGGGAACACAGCCAAAAGGGCCGUCAUGGGCUUUUUAGAAGAUAUACUGACCAUUUAUUUAGACUCUUCUGGAUCACAAGUAGCACUCACAGGAUUAACAAAUUGGUGAAUAUGCCACCAUACUUUCCAGGUGUCAAGUGGUAAUAGGAAGACCCAAGCGUGAGCAUCAGAUAUGUGGGAUUUAAUCUUAGGGGCAGAAACAAUCUACCUACUAUUUAUUUAGAGUUAGCAGCUCUGUAACUUUUUCUCAAAGGGCCCAGCUGCUGUAGAGAAGUGGUCCUGCUGCCCUGGCUCUGGUCCGGGUUGUUGGAACCUCUCACCUGUGCAACCAGCAGCCGAGGAGUUGGGUUGUAGUGUGGGCUGAGCAGCCUGGGGGGUUGUGAAGAAUAUUUAGUCUCAGAAGAUGAAAAAAAGCAAAAGCAUUUAGUUGUAUAUUGUCUCUGGGAAUUGUUUUCUUUUAUAAUAAAUGGAUGAAAAAUAGUG